AUCCGCGUCCGGCCGGGUGUCCGGGGGCUGCCAGGGAGCUCUGCCCCGUCCCUCUCCCCUCCUGUAGCGCAGAGGGACCCCCGAGGCCCCCCGGACCCCUGCAGCGCUCGUCCCGGCGGAAUGGGGAAGCAGAACAGCAAACUCCGCCCGGAGAUGCUCCAGGACCUGCGGGAAAACACGGAGUUCUCCGACCUGGAGCUGCAGGGCUGGUACAAGGGUUUCCUGAAGGACUGUCCCUCGGGCAUGCUCGACGUGGAGGAGUUCAAGAAGAUCUACGCCAACUUCUUCCCCUACGGUGACGCCUCCAAGUUCGCCGAGCACGUUUUCCGCACCUUCGACACCAACGGCGACGGCACCAUCGACUUCAGGGAGUUCAUCAUCGCCCUGAGCGUCACCUCCCGCGGGAAGCUGGAGCAGAAGCUCAUGUGGGCCUUCAGCAUGUACGACCUGGAUGGAAACGGCUACAUCAGCCGGGAGGAGAUGCUGGAGAUCGUGCAGGCCAUCUACAAAAUGGUCUCGUCCGUGAUGAACAUGCCUGAAGAUGAAUCCACCCCGGAGAAAAGGACGGACAAAAUCUUCCGACAGAUGGAUACUAAUAACGACGGGAAGCUCUCGCUGGAGGAGUUCAUCCGAGGGGCCAAGAGCGACCCGUCCAUCGUGCGCCUGCUGCAGUGUGACCCCAGCGGGGCCAUGCAGUUCUGAGCCCCCCAGGACCCCCCCAGACCCCCCUCCCGCCACCCCUGACCCUGCAGAUGGUCACUGUCCCUUACCCGGCCCCUGCGGUCCCCGCUGUGCCCCCACAGCGCCUCGUGGGAUGAGAGCUGGACCCAGCUGAAAUUGGGGUGAGGGGAGCCCAGGGGGGAGUCCCCAUCUCUGGGGGGCUCCUGCACUGGUGGGAGGAUGGAGGAUGGGUGCCCUGAGGCUCCCCCAGCAGCAGGGCUCAGGGCAGGGGGACAGCCCAGCCCCGUGGGACACGCUGGUGGCCACUGCUGCAUCUCUGGCAGGCGUGGGGACACGGCCCAGGGGACAAAGCCCCGGUGGCUGUGGGGUCCCACGGCUGGGUCAGCCCCUUCCCCAUAGCCAGUGCAGGGUGUGGGGCCGGGGGGGCCGUGCUUCUGGUCUUUAAUACCUGCAGAAUAAAGUUUGUGUCAGUGCA